AUGUCCGACGAGCAGGUAUCGACUUUUACUCAAAUCCGUCAGAAGCUCAUGUCCGCCGAGGAUGAAGCAUUGGCACAAAAACUUCAAGCAAAAGAAUUCGAAGAACAUUAUGAGAGAAAUCGAAAAGUGAAUGGAAUGAUUGUUGAAGAUCGCAAAAAAUCGAAGGAAGAGCAGAAAAAUGAAGAUGAGCUUUCAGUUGAAAUUCGACGUCUUCGAAGCCAACACAGAAUGUGUAAGGACGAGGAGCUCGCAAGAUGGUUACAAGAAGAAUAUCGACUGGAGACUGAAAAACAGUUAGCAAAUGAGGCACAGUUGAAUGAAGAUGAAGAAUUGGCAUGGAAGAUUGCGAAUGGACAUUUCGAUCCGGAUGUGCCGGCAAGCAGCACAACAAGCCAAUAA